UUUUUUUUUUUUUCCUUCGGAGCUGGGGACUGAACCCAGGGCCUUGUGCUCGCUAGGCAAGCGCUUUACCGCUGAGCUAAAUCCCCAACCCCAGGCCAGUCUUAAAUGACUGAGAGUCCUACUAAGCCAGGACAGGUAACUGUAAGCCAGGAAGUUAGCUAGAAACAGCUCUCUUGUUCCUGUGCCUAUUGGCAAACAUCCUUAGACUUGGGGUCAGAGGGAAUGCUUCAGCCUUCCCAGAACUGAGGUGACCAGUAUCCAGGAGUAUAUUGACCCUGUUCUUGUUCCCCAAACACAGGUACUCUGAGUGAGCAUGAGGGUGAGUUGAGAGUCCUGAUAACUGAGAAGAGAUAGCCUGAGGAUGUGGGUUUCAGGAAGUCAGAACUUAGUUAGGUUGUAUGAUCAGCUUUUCUACGAAGGGAGAGGAAUGUAGACCAAGCUGUGACACCCUUUACCUCCAGCAUGACCCUUUGGUUCAGGGAGGCUGAGCUCAAAUGGGGCGUGAACUAGAGUGUCUAGGGCAGGCAGUAGACUUGAGAACCCUCACUAUGAGUGACUAGUCAACUGAAAGGCAAUGCCCUAAUGCCAACUUUUUUGGUGCUGGCAACUACUACCUGAUUUAGGCUACUAUCUUCCCUGGCCACAUUACCCCUGGAAGAAAGUUUGCACCUCAAGAUUGUACACAGGACAGAGACAGCAGGUCUUACAUGCUCCCUCUACUCCUAGGCAUAGAGGAAUACCAAGCACUAGGGCUCAGGAGACAGGUUUUUCAUAAUUAGGAGUUUCCAGCAGAGCUGUUGAGUUUGUUAUGGAAAAUAGUUGGGCCUCCUGGGAUCUUUCUGCUGGUUUGGCUAAUUGCUGGGGUCGUUUGUCGUUUCAUUAUAGGUCCUUCCCCUGGGAGCCUAAGAAACAAACAUGUCUGGUGGAGUCAUGGGGAACGCUUAGAAAGGGACUCAGUGGUUUCAUCCCUAGACUACUCUAGGGCCAAACCCUCCCAGCCCCAGAACCAGAGACCAUAUGUCCUUCCAAGCCCUAACAAGAAACCUUGCACCACUAGUCUGAUUGUUACUGGGUCGUUUGUUGUUGUUGUUUUGCUUUUUUAGACAUGGUUUACUCUGUGUAGCCCUAGCUCCUGAAACUUGCUUUGUAGAUCAGGCUGGUCUUGAACCCAGGGAUCCACCUGGAGUGCUGAGGUUAAAGGCAAACACCAUUAUGCCUUGCUUUAGACUAAGAACUCUAUAGUCAAUGUCUAUCCAAAUUAGGGUUCUUAGGGCUGUAGUAAGCUUUAUGCCAGGCCAGUCCUACUUUAAAAAAGGCCUCAGUAAUACCUAUGACCCCAGUAUGUGUCUGUGGAGGUCUAAGGCAACCUGCUCAUCAAGAGGGGCUAGGAGAAUGCAGUUUCUUCAAGCUCUGGUCAGUAGUAGAUGCUGAGAUCCAGUCAGAGGCAGCAGCCACAGCUGUGGGCUUGGGCCUGAGAGGUCUGAUGCAUAUAUACAAUAUAUGACCCCACCUUUCCCCUUCUAAAACAGCCUGCACCGCUCCUGGAUCUUGAAAGGAGCUGCUGCCUACAGCUGCUCCCGUGGCCUGGGCCUAGGUGAUUAGCUGCCCAUGCACCAUGUCCCACAGGGGCCUCCCUACCUUGGUUUUUGUUCAACCUGGGCUUGGCGGGCAAGGUGGGGGCAGGAAUGUGUGGGCCUACCGCCCCCUUGCCUGCGUCACCAGAGCUGCCUCCCUCUUAGCCUAUCAGAGCCCCCGGGGGACACACCUGUUGGGGGCCAGGAGCAGAGAUUGGCUGGCAGGCAACAGACACCUGCAUUGGGCGGGGUGAGUAGCUACAUGUAAGGCGAGCCCAGGCCACACUGUCCUUCCCCUUCCUGGCUGAGAGCAGUUUCUUUCCUCCUCAUUGUCCCCGAGUUGUUGACCUGUGCCAGUUCACUGUGCACCUUAGUUUUCUUUGUGUCUGAGACUCACCUGGAGGGGAGACAGUCAUUCUUUCCUGUGAUUCCCCAGCUACAGCGCCUGAGGCUGAAUCCUGGCUGAGGGAAAGUUUGGGUUGAUGCCAAAGCUGGUCGUCCAGCCCUAUCCACCACUGCUGACAGGUAUAUGGGGGUGAUGGAUGCCCAAGUUUCUCCAUAUCCUUUAUAAACCUUAGUUUACACCCCACCUAGUGGGUUCUAGACACAGGCACAGUGCUGCCUCAAUACUGGGGGUGGAGCAGCUUGCAGCUCUGCACAGCACUGGAGGAUCCUGUCAGGAACCUGUUGGGGCAGGUAGGGGCAGGCAGGAGGGAGGCCAGACAGGCCUGAGAAUACCACUCUGUAAGGAGAGGCUGGAGGGCCCCUGUGUGUUUGACAUGGAGUAGGACGAAUGGUGGUGACAAAGUUGCGAUUGCAGAUCAGCCUCUGUCUAGUGAGCUGUGGUGAAGCAGAGCAGAGCAGGUCUUCCUUUCCAAAGAAGAAAGCGGCUUCUUCAACUGUGCUACAGCUGGGAUUCAGAUGUGAAGCCAUCUUGGGCUAGGCUUGGGAGCCUCCAGGGGUCCACAGGCUGCAUCUUUAGACCGGGUGGGUUCAAACACCUGGAGAGGAGAAACAGACUCCCGCCAUUCCCGGAAAUACAGCCUUCUGGAAAGUUCUUUCUUAAAGCAGCCACUGCUGUUCCUGAGACACUUUUUCCACGGAGGUAGGCUGCCGCCUCAGAGGUGGGUGCGGGGAAGGGUGCGGCUGGCGGGCAUGAAGACCUCAUCUCCGUUGGUGGGUUUCUGUGCUGGGAAGGGCUUGCUUUUGCCAGCAGCCGGGACUCAGAGUGACCUGUGGUCGGAGGUUGCCUGAGACCUUUAGGUUGGUGACAGUGUGAAAUCAGAAUAGGUCAGUCUGGCACUCUGGCUUUUUCUCACUGUUCUUUUCUGAGGUGUUAACAAAGCCGGGAUCACACUGGAGAAGACAGAGUAGGUUCCUCAAACCAUUACUCCAGAUCAGGGCCAAAGUCCAUUUAAAAGAUUUUUCCCCCCUUUACAUGCCAAAUAGCACAGCAGCCACGAACAGCCAGCUAUGUAAAUGUCUGGUUUGAGGAACAUGUAGCCUGUGCUAUGUCGUCCAGGCAUGCUCAGCCUUGAGUUCGUACCCAGAUGGCUAACUCUUGAGUUUAAACUUAGGAGCUGAUAGCAUUGAAGGGAAGUAGGGUUAGUUUCUUUGGGCAUAACCUAGAGUAUGUUGUUUGAUUGUUCUUGAACAAAAUCCAUAGGACGUAAGAGUGAAGUGUUUUGAUUAAUGUGUGGUGACUUUUCAAGCCUUUUUUAGGCUGAGCAUCCGGAAAAGUAGUUCAGGUUUGUUUUGUGUUUCUGGUAACCUAGAUAAAAAUGUUGUACCAAUUGGCCGGUUGUUGAGUUAAGCAAAAUGCUUUGCAUUUAUGGAAAUGCAAAUGAGUCGUAAAAUAUGGAUAUAGUCCAUUGUUAAUUUCCAGACAUCUCGGUAAUUUGCAAAUAUUUUAUUUGCAAAAUCGAUUUGUCAGGACGUUCAUAGUGUUUAGGAUCAGGUAAAAUGGCCUAAGGGAGUUCCCCAGUCGCCAGAGGCUGGUACUCAGAGAGGCAGUGAACCUGGAGGGUUUGCUAUACAACCGAAGGGCUGAGGGACAAUGCUGACCGCUGUGUGGAUGAAAUGGCGGCUUUGCCUUGAAGACACGUAGUUCCAACAGACGCUAAGAAGUAGCCUGAGUGGAGACAAGACAAGUCUUUCCUGCCCCCGCCCCCCGCAGCCGCUGGCAUCUAAGUUUGGCUGAUCUGCUGUAGGAGAGGUUGAAUUUCAGAGCUUUGUUCUCUGGCUUCACCAUUGAUUAAGGCCCGUUGGGCAAGUUAACCAGCGACUCACUUUUUCACACUGGGAUUGCAUUCCUCUGCCACAAAUCCCCAACCUUCUCUGUAUUUGCAGGUGAGGAGGAUCAAGGCACUCUGGAAAGGGGGAGGGUGCUUGCUGCAGAAGAGCCUUGGGGGCCCUAGGCUUCUGGAUCCAUUCCUCGGUUUUCCUAAACUAAGCCUAGUAGAUGCUCAUAAUUAACUAGCUGUGGGGGACCACGACCUGAACCUCACUUUCGAGGUACGGCUGACCAGAUGGGCGCCAACCACACAGGCUCCAAAUAGAAUCUGUUUUUUUCUUUUCAUUUCUUGACCUAUGGCUGCAAUUCUGUCGUGUUCUUGACUCUCCCUUACCCCUGUGUGGAUAAAGCAUGGUCUCCCCCAUACUCAGCAGUGAUUUGAUACCAAGACACCCAUUCCCAACUCAUGUCUGGGCACCUACCUGCCCCUGUAUCUCUCAGCCUACUAGGUAAGAACAGGGUUCAACGUACAGAGGGUGGUCUGAUCUUUUGACUUACAGCCUGGCCAGCUUUGUAUUUGGCGGGGUCCCCUAGCCUUCCAUGUUCUCUAAGAAGUGCUCUCUCUGAGUAGUCAAGGACACAGGGACACCAGGCUCUGUCUUCUUUGUAUCUUCGACACAACCAGAAGGGGGAAAGGCAACAUCUUUGGUGCUAACCCUCAUCCAGUUCUGUUUGUGGCUCUGAAGUCACAAGGAUAACUGAAAUGCCACUUAGUUCUCAAAUAGAAGCCUUAGUUUGCCAAAGCUCAAAAAGAAAAAAAACCAAAAAGUCCUUUUUGAAGCACUGAUUUUUAUGGGUCUGGUAGGAUAGAGCUAAAAAAGCUCACAGAUGGGCUGGAGAGAUGGCUCAGCGGUUAAGAGCACCGACUGCUCUUCCAGAGGUCCUGAGUUCAAUUCCCAGCAACCACAUGGUGGCUCACAACCAUCUGUAAUGGGAUCUGAUGCCCUUUUCUGGUGCAUCUGAAGACAGCUACAGUGUACUUAUAUACAAUAAAUAAAUCUUUAAAAAAAAAAAAAGCUCACAGAAAGGGGAGUGUAUCUGUCAGGUUUUUGAGAGCAUAGGGAUAUGCUUGUGAGGGAUAGACAAAGAGUCAAGACAAUGUCUAAAACCCUAGGCUCCUAUAGAGUGUCAUCCCCAUCUAGGCCUGUGCUCAGAUCAGGUCCUCUGAGAAAUGUUGGCUUUGAGGAGAGAGGUUGGAAAACCAGCGGCUGCCUGGAUGCAGUGAGACCUUUGUUGUGAUCCAAGGAAAUGAAGCCAGGGCUUGAGCCACCUGUGUUGCCUCUUCGGUAGUUACCAGAAAAAUACGAGAAGAAAUACUUGUGUGAAGACAGAGAUGGGAUGAGCAGAAGCACAGACUGAGUCUCUUUCAGUCCCAUGUAUCCCUGGGGCAGGUGUUCAGUUUCUUAUCUCUGUGUGGGAACUAUAGGCUUUGUCCUUAGCAACACCAGGAUCAAAGAGUACUCUUGUUCCAAACACCCGUAUGCAGAUGUGGCUUGGCACUGCAGGUCUUUGCGCAUGUGAUUAUUGUACUUCUGUUGGGGGCUGCUGUUCCCAUAUGCUUGAAGUGUCAGUUCCCAAACCAUCAGACGAUAAAUCCCACUACCUGGUCCUUCAUCCCAGUAUCCUUCUUGGGUCCCCAAAAAGGCAAAAGGGGAGGAUGGGCAGGAAAGCAGACUUGAGCAGUAUCCUGGAGACAGAGGCCCAUUGGGUGAGUCUCAUCAACCUUAAAUACACUGUGGACCCUAAUGGCACUGGGCCUGAUGUCUAGUCUAUUCCGUAGUGAAUAUACUUAGAUGGAGGGCCUAUCACGACCCAAUCCUGGUUGCAUGGAACUCAACAUAGCCUGCCUCCCAGCUCUUUGCCUGUCAGCCUCUGGGAAGGACUGUUUGAUCCUCCAGAGUUCUCAGAUGGGCCCUAAGCUCAUCCACUGCAGGCCAGGUUUGGCUGGACAGGGGAGCUUAUCUAUGGCCAUGGGGGCUAAGCCCUUCCUCUGGGCCUCAUAGAGAGGCCUCAGUGCCCAUGAGACCCUCAUCCUAAUUAUUUCCCAUCUAAUUUCCAAAAGAGAACUCGAUUUUACUUCAAGCUGUUGAGCUCCCCACUGCCUGUCUUUGGAGAUGACAGGUGCUGUAGGGUCUGCCCUCCAGAAUGAAGGGCUUCCUGCUGUUAUCCUGAGGGUGCCCACCUUCUGCAGUGCUCUGGAGAUUAGGACACUUAGACAUCUGGGCCUUGCCCGUGGAAUCUAGUCAUCUUCAACUCCCUGCUAGGCGGCCUCCAUAUCCAACUUGGGCAGCCGUGGCCAUCUUACUGGGCAGCAUUGGAUAGUGUCUGAUCUCUAAUACUGCCUGGUAAUGAUGACGGCGGAGCCCUGCACGCAGCAAUGGAGCCGCCUCCUGAUCCCAGCCUCCAGGGGCUCCAGUUCCACACCUCACCUACCCUAUCCAAGGUAGGGCUAUGGGGGCAGAAAGUUAACCUUGAGGAUGGAGGGGAUGGGGGAAUUUAGGGAGAGCUCCCCCAAACCAUACACCUCUGAGAGCCUCUCUAUAUUCUGGGAUGAGGGGUUCCUCCCAUUGUCCUGGGGGUGCCCCCUCCCAAUAUCCUUGGGAUUAGGACACUCAGGAACCUGGGUCCUGCCUACAACACCCAGGCAGGUGCUGCCACCACACCUAGCAGGUGUGGGCUGGGUGGAGCUGAGACAAAGGCUCUAAAGGGCUAAGUCUCAGCCUGGGCUCUGAGGGCCUCAUGCCAAAAACUGCCUCACCCAGAUCUAGGAGCUGUGUACUAACUGACCCCUAUAGUUGGGCUACUCAAGCCUGGGAUACCUUCCUGCAUCAAGUGAGUACUGACCUAGAGGCCAACAGCACCUCCCACAUGUGCACUGAGCCAGUGUGCCACAGUCCCCUUGCUUUGAACAAAGCAGACAGUAUGAGUCAGGGUCAACCUCUCUGCUGGCUUAUUCCAACGCAUAUACAGUCUCUGGCUGUUCAUGGCAUCAGGUCUCCACUGGGCCCCCCUGAGGGUGGAAACCACAUAUCCUGCUCUGUGUCUUCCUACCAAAGCAUACCUGGGCCUCUGUGGGCAUCUUACCGGACAGUGCUGGAUUUCUUGGCUUGACUCUAACACUGUCUGGUAACGAUGUUCAAAGGUGACCCAACACUCGCCGAAGACAGGCUGAUGAUACACACUUGUCUUAGCUCCUGGACUCCAGAUAGGCCAAGGCCGUGGAUGAGCUGGGCAUGCAGAGGACCUAUCUCAGCUCUACAGCUCAGCAGCCAGUUGGGGCUGGACUUUGUCCAAGGUGGGAACCCUUGUCUAUUACUUCAUGUUGGGGAAAGGGAUGGUUUCCCCAUGCCAGGGGUACUGGGUAGAGGCAGUUUGUCACUCAUUCCCAGAGCAGCAAUGCCCAUCUUUGCCAACUCCCCUGCUGGCUAGAUUUGGGGGUUCCUCGAUUUCUAGAGAGACUGCCAGGGUUAGUGAGGAUGCUGGGCUAGGUAAGGAGACGUGGUGGAUAACAGUUAGCAUAAGGACUGUUAUUGUCAGUGCCUACGGGACCAUUGGGCAAGGGUGGGUUCAGGGACCUGAGCCUGGUACACGGGAUUGUGAUGUCAUCAGCUGUUUCCUAAUUAAGGAUAAGGAAUCUCCAUUACUUCCCAAUGGCUGUCCCAGAAUAGGAACUUUGCCCCAAACCAGACUCCGAGAUUACUUCUUAUCUUUCUUUACUUGAAGCCAGAGUACAGGGCCAGGGAGCCCCACCCACCAUCAGCCUAGAUGGCUCUUCCUGGGGAAAGAGUCUGUUCCUGGCUUUAAUGUUACUCAUUAAGCUGACAGCCAUUCAGAAAGCCAAAGAGGGGCUGUCAAGCGUUUGCCAAAUAAGAGUGAGCAGAAGACUUUCCUGUUGCACCCACAGACUUCACACUUGAGGAACAGGCAGCUGAGCUGGGGCCUGGUAGGAAAGAAAGUCCUUAGAGUAGCCCCAGGUCCUAGAAGGGCGAACCCCAAGGGGUCCUUGGACCAGAGCAGGCAGGAAGCCAACCCCUGCCUUCCUUCUACAGGUAUCAAAUCAGGAUUAACUGCCCAGAUGGGGAGCCCCUUGUACAAUGCACUGCCUGCUGAUGGAUGUCUUACCAGACAUGGUUAGAUCUGGAUGUAUCUGUCUAAUACUGUCUGGUAAUGCCGUCCAUCCAUGGCCUUAUCGCCGCCGGAGACGACAUCCUCACCACCUCAUGGACAAUGGGUAGAGACAAGGCCUUAGUCCAUUUAUCAUAACUGUCCAGGGCUGGGGCCACCAAGCCCCCUAUCCAAACAGACCACAGUUUAAAUCUACAGCUCCCCCUGGACCUGAUUGCCUUCUUCUGACGCUGUGAUAAUUUUCUGUCAUAGCUAUAGCAGAUUGAGGCCCCUGUAUCUGUCCUUUUCAGGACUAGUCGGUGGGGCUGUCACAGUGCUAUUGCCCCCCAUAGUCCACUGGACUCCACACAGAGGGACCUCAAGCUGUAGUCACCUGUCACCUGCAUAUUCUAUAGCCCCUGAGCUAUCAACAUUGGUAUGGGACCAGGGAAGAUCUAAAACCUUGGUCCUCAGUCUGCUCUCUGAAAUUCUCAGGUCAUGGGACCCAAGGGGAAUAAAAAUGGUUCUAACUACUGUGCCCAAACCCAGGGUGGAAAAUAGGUAUAUGGGUUUCAGGGACAGGGGUACUGCUAAGGUGCCAGACCAGAUAGUGGCUCAUACCCAGGAAUAAGCAGAAGGCUGCGUUCCUCUGUAUUGUCAGCCUGCUCAUGAGCUCUCUCUAUGCAGCCCACCCCUGGCUCUCAGGAUCAGAGAGCCAUCCUUCAAUCUAACUCUGGAUGUUGAAUAGCCCAACCUUAAAGACCGCCCACCCCCGUGUCCCUGAGAAUUUUCAAAAGACUGUUUCUAAAACUGUCACUCUAGAAUGACACUCCCCACCCUUAUGUCAUUUGCUGUGGUAAGAAAUAGAAAUGAACCUCUUAGACUCCAUGUGUAGGCCGUUUGCUUCAGUGCCUAGACUCCUGCAAACCUCAAGUUGGUCAAUACAGCCUGAGUCCAGCACCCUACCUCACCCACUCCUCUCUUGACGGAAUCCAACAUGCUCUGGCAGGUUUCUUAGUCCUGGUCAGGCCAUUCCCUCCAAAGAGCCAUUAUAGGGAAACUGGACUUUGCCUCCCACUGAAACCUGCUAUGCCCUAAAUGAGUGACUGAAUCCUGCAUUGGAAGUUCUAUCUACAUGGCUGAGGGACUUGUCUGCCCAUUGUGCACUCUGUAAUAGGUGGUCUCCUUAUUGUCAUCUCUUGAAGCAUUGUAAAUAAAAUACAGGCCAAAAAAAAAAAAAUCUCUGUAAGGCAAUAAAUUGUGUGAUUUGUGAAACUGUACUUUGAUCACCUCAUUUUUGACCAUACAAAACAUUAACAAGCAGCUUUGCAAAGGAUCAAACUGAGAACACGGGGAUUACAGUGAUCUGCGCUCCCACCAGAAAAAAAAAAAGAACCUAUGAAAGAGAGACAUAGGGCUUAUUCUACCUAGUCAGUCACCACACAAACCGACUCUGGUAUGUAAUAUGUACUCUAGGACAUACCAAGGACAAGUAAUCCAUGAAAAUGGGGGCUCCAAUCUCAGCCAAGUGUCAGCAUUGGAGUGAGAAUGGGGUGUUUUGUGCAGGAACCAAGUCCAGGGUAUUAUUAUUUUUUUCUUCUUCUUCUUUUUUUUUUUUUCCCCCGGAGCUGGGGACCGAACUCAGGGCCUUGCGCUUGCUAGGCAAGCGCUCAACCACUGAGCUAAAUCCCCAACCCCAAGUCCAGGGUAUUAUGAAUGUAAAAGCAAUCACUCCACCCCUGAGCUACAUCUCCAGUUCCUGGAGUAUGAAGUAAAAAUACCCUGCAUACCCAGGAUCAGAGACUGCUGGCUACUUGUCCAGAGCCUCUCCAGGGUGGGGUGUGCUGCCUGUCCAGGCCUGGAGGCUAUAAGCCCCACAUAACUCAGUCCCGGGCUUAGUAAAAGUGCUAUAUGCCCCAUCCUACCUGCAGUCCCACUGUACUACUAGUCUAGAGCAGAGAGGUCUCUUAAACCAGCACUGGACUGACCCCAGCACAGCAUAGGAAGGGCAGAUCAAUGACGGUAAGCAGUCCCACAAAUAGAGAGUGACAGCCUUGGGGCACCCUAUCCCAUUAGGACUCUGGGCACAGCUGAGAGAUGGUGCUCUUCUAGACCAGCCGAGCACAAGCUCCCACACUGGCAGCUUAGAGUAGGGAAGAGACCUCAAGGGAAGAGCCACAUGAGUGACUGGGUAUGCCCAGUUUCUAAGGGGAUUCAAGAGCCCCUUAAGAUGGGCAGAACCACAAAAGAACCUGAAGGUGGGGAGAUUUAGAAGGUAGCUGAAAACAACAGUUGUUUUCCAGAAUUUCCAAGAUAUUCCCCCAAGGCCCUUGGUGGGAGUCCUCAUAUGUCCUCAUAGUUCACAGGUCCUGUGUCUUACAGCCACAUACUCUUAUCUCUGCUCCCCUCUGAGGUCAUCAGUCACUGGGUUUAGAGUACACCUGGUUGAUGCAAGAUGACUGCACCUAAGAUCCUAACUCAGCCACACCUGUACAGAUCUCUAUUUUUGAAAAGGCACGGUCAUGGACUCCAGGACUCAUGAUAUGGUCCUGAGUUUCGGAAGCACCGUGUAGUCCCUGUCAAGGUCUUGUGAUGCUUACAAGGCCCUGAAAGAUGACAGGGAUGUGGAGUCCAUGUGGCUGGAAACUCGAGGUCAGAAGCAAGGAGUCACACCAGGUCCCAAGUUUCCCCAACAGGAAACUACAAAUUGGCAUCAAACCCACUUUGAGCCGUGCUUGGUGUCAGAUCCUAGAUCUUUAGGUCUGGAUUAAGGAAGUCCCUGUGAAUACUCAAAAAUCAUCUUGGAAGAGUUCAUGGAAGGAUGGAGGAAGUGGGCUAUGCCCCAGAUUCAGAUGGGGUGGGGGUGUAUACAAGACCCUUACUCAGCCACAGCAUCCCGUCAGCCUCCUCAGAUCAAUUUGACCCCCAUUCUCCACCACUUGCUUUGCCCAACUUCUGUAAGGCUGCCCCUCAGCUCACACAAUGGCCCCUUUCACCAUCCACCUAAAACUCUUGUUUACCUUUGGGCAGCUGCUGAAUCAUAGUUCCCUAGUAAUAGUUGCCUGGAGACGGUUGUCAGGUCACCACUGUUGUAUCCCAGCAAAGGAUUCCUAAGACCUUGCAGAGCAGGUAAGAGAGACUUGCUGGUUACCAGCUGAGGGUCCUGACUAGGACUGAGGCUGAGUCCUUGCUCUCCUGAGCCUUAUUUUUUGACCCUUUCUGGUAGUAGAUAAACAGGAGAGAGGACUGGGCAGCUUGGCUGAGCUAAGCCUUCUGCUAAGGCCACUCUCCAAACCCCAGUGUUUUGGCCAAGAAAGGCGUGUUUGGGGGAGGGGUGGGAUUGGUCCACGUGGGCAACUCAAAUUUUGGGGAGGGUUGGGAUUCCUUAGAAGAAGCUUUUUGCCUAGAGCCAUGUCUGUCUCCCCCAGAACUGACCCCCCAGAAGGGCCACCUGAGAUCCACAGAGAACGCAUCCCCAGACAGUGAGCGCUGCUUGGGAGGCACCAGCCCUUCAAAAAAAAAAAUGUUUAAACGCAUCUCCUGCUCGUACCGGGGUGUGAUUUCCUGCCAGUCUUUAUAUCUGAACAGACACAGAGGCCACACUCAUCGAGGCCAGGACAGUCUUGGCCGAAGAAAACUCACUAGGCAGAGGCGGGAUGCAAAGAUGCCCUUACACCCACCGGCCAGAAGGCCUCACGGCCAUCGCAGAAAUGGAAGUGAGGCACAAACAGAAGCUACAACCCAGGAUACAGGGAGGCUUUCUUGCCCAAGAAGGGUGGGUGCAGCGGUCUGUCCCAUCCAAGGGCUGGGACAUCGGGCUGCUCGAAGACCCCGAAGGGGUGUAGGGACUACAUCUGCCUCAAGGGCUCCACGUCCUGGUGCCCUUAUGCCUGCAACGCGCAACCGUCCAAGAUUCAUCCACUACCGGGUUCAACCCCCUCGGACCCAUGUCAGCUUCAAGAGACCCAAACGGUCCAGGACCCAUCAAUCCCACACUAAGGUGCCAGGCUGGACCCAUGAGAAACGGAUGGGGAGCAGUGUCGAGGAAGGGCUCCGGCCUGAGCUAAGUCAGCUGGAACAAGAUGCAGACAACCUAGGGGAAGAAGAAGCUGCCAGGCUCCCGGUGACUUCCCUGAAUGGGCUCCUGAUGGAAGGAGACAGGCAUCCCAAUCCUGGUCAGGGCCCUUUCUUCUACAUCGGAGGCACCAAUGGAGCGUCAAUAAUCAGCAACUACUGUGAGAGCAAGGGCUGGCAACGCACUCAGGACAGUCGCUGUGAGGACUACAAGCUAAAGUGGUGUGAGAUCAAGUGCAGGGACAACUACUGCAGCUUCCGGGAAGGCCAGCAGUUGCUGUUCCAGCUUCCCAACAACAAGCUGCUUACUACCAAGAUCGGGUUGCUCAGUGCUCUGCGGGAGCAUGCACGCACUUUGAGCAAAGCCAGGCUAAUGCCCAGUACCCAGGCCAAGGUCCUGAAAAUGGAUGAGUUUUUCCCAGAGACCUAUCGGCUGGACAUCAGGGAUGAGAGACAGGCUUUCUUCACUCUGUUUGAUGAAACCCAGAUGUGGAUCUGCAAGCCUACAGCCUCCAACCAGGGAAAGGGCAUCUUUCUGAUCAGGAGCCAAGAGGAGGCUGCUGCCCUGCAGGCCAAGACCCAGAGCAUUGAGGAUGACCCCAUCUACCGCAAGAUGCCCUUCCGUGCACCCCAGGCGCGAGUGGUGCAGAGAUAUGUCCAGAACCCGCUGCUGCUAGAUGGGAAGAAGUUUGAUGUGCGCUCCUACAUGCUCAUUGCCUGCGCCAUGCCCUACAUGGUCUUUUUUGGCCAUGGCUAUGCCCGCCUCACCCUCAGCCUGUAUAACCCUCAUUCCAGUGACCUCAGUGGUCAUUUGACCAAUCAGUUCAUGCAGAAGAAGAGUCCCCUGUACAUGCUGCUGAAAGACAGCACCGUGUGGAGCAUGGAGCACCUCAACCGAUACAUCAAUGACAAAUUUAGGAAGUCCAAGGGCCUCCCCAGAGAUUGGGUCUUCACCACCUUCACGAAGCGGAUGCAGCAGAUCAUGUCCCACUGCUUCCUGGCUGUCAAGUCCAAGCUGGAGUGCAAGCUGGGUUACUUUGACCUCAUUGGCUGUGAUUUCCUGAUUGAUGAAAACUUCAAGGUGUGGCUGCUGGAGAUGAACUCCAACCCUGCCCUACAUACCAAUUGUGAAGUCCUGAAGGAGGUGAUUCCUGGAGUGGUUAUGGAGACCUUGGACCUGGCGCUUGAGACCUGCCAAAAGAGUUUGCACAGUCAGAAGAUGCUGCCUCUGCAGUCACAGCGUCGCUUUGUGCUCCUUUACAAUGGCGAGACUACAGACUUGUGGCCGCGCUUGGGGAGCUCACGCCCACCUAUCCGCUUGCCUUAUGCUAACUCUAACCAUGCCCGGUCCACCUGCGAAAUCUCAUCCUCUUCGCUUACCUCAACACGUGUCACUAUCGCAGACCGGCCUGCGGCACGCAAGUCGAUGUCUUCCAGAACAGCUCCCAUUUGCGCCUCCCGCAAAUCGCGGCUGUCUGACUCGGGCGGUGUCUCCAUAGAGGAGUCUGAGACCUCUGUUUGUUCUGGGCUCCCGGAAGGCAGCAGGGACGCAGCCCGGGAACCCUCCCUGGGGCCAACCGAGGAAGAGCGAGAGGAGGAACAGAGGAGCACGAGCCAUCGAGGCUCCUAGCAGCCACAAGCAUCCAGUGGCCUUGCGCUUUGCCAUGCCCUCUCCAGGACCUAUAAAAGCUACUUUGUGACAAA